AUGAAUUAAGCAAAUGCGUAAAAUGAAUCUUAAUUAACACCAAUUGAGGAUGAUUAAAAUAUACUGUUGGAGCAAAAUAAAGUUCCUUAAAUAGAGAAAUCCUUUUUUAUCAAUCAGAUUGAAUAUAAAUAUUAAGGACCUGAUCAUCCAUAAAUUGCAGAAUUAUUAGAAUUACUCGAUGAAAAGCAAAGAAAACCCCUAUCCAAUUAGACUUUAGAAAGCUUUAGACAGAAAAUACUCUAUUAUGAAUAAUAGUUCAAUAAAAAUUGCUCAUUUUUAGAUAAUAUGUUUUAGAUAUCAUUCUACCAUAUUCUGACGAUUAUUGUUUAUAUGAGCAUAUAUUUUACAUAUUUAGCUAGUGUGAUUUCUUUGAAAUCGGAUGAUAUGAUCGUUAAGAAUUCAACUAAAUUAAAUAUUGUUUAAUAACUACCUGAAUUUGGUAUAAUGAUUACAAGUUUCACAUUAGCGAUAAUAAUAAUAAAGAAUUAGAUAAUCCUACUAUUAUUGUUUAUUUUUGGAUGCUUAUUCCCAGGAUUCUAUUUAUUCUAUGUAUAUCUAGAUGUAUUCAAUGUAAAUAAUAGUGCAGUUGAUUAUGAUAUGGUUUUAUUUUUAAGUGCAUUUAUAAUUUCUAUUUUGAAUGGCAUUGUUGUUUCUGUGCUUCAACAGUUAGUGGAAAGUAUGUACAAUUAAUUGAUGGGUGCAAUAUUCUCAAGUGGAUGGUGCUUAUUUAUCAUCUACUUGUUAGGGUUUUUAAUAUUUACAUAUGUUAUUGGCUUGGAUGUGAUAACAGCUGAGAAAGUGAUCAACUACAUCAUAAAUUCCUUAUACAUUCCCAUAUUUGUGUCGAUAUCCUUCUCUUAUUUUAUGAUAAAUACGAGAUUGUUUGACUGGCCAGCAGGCAUUAUCAAAACCGCUUUGGAUAGGGUAAAAGUUAAAAUAUUGAAAUAACAAAUUUAAAAGGAAGAAUAAUAAUAGUCCUAAAAAAUAGUUUAGAUAAGUGCUUUUAUUUCUAGGUUGGUCAUAUAUUCUAUUGGGGCAGUAUACAUAACUAUGGAGAUUAUAUUUUACAUUUUGUUGGCUUCUGAAUUGAAAUAAUCACAAGUGGAUUACACAGCCAUAAUUACUUUGUCUUUAGAAUUGAUAAUAAUUCCUUUGUAUUUAUUUUUGGGAGUCUUCAUAUCAGUAAGCGAUAGGAAACCAUAGUACACAUAUUUAGUGGUACCUUUGGUAAUAGGAGCUCCAAUAAUAUUUGGAUUUUUGAAAUUGAGUGAUUAUCUGGAAUACGAAAAGGACAUCACUAACUUCACUGAAAUUUUGUAUUAUUGUCCAUUGUUUGUGAAUAUUCUAUGGUUAUCUUUAACAUUGAUGGGUUUAGAUAAAAGGAGAUUGUUCAUAAAUUCAUUAGGGUUUGUCUGUUUUUUCAUAGCAAUUCCUAUUGGAGUAUUCUUACCUCUUUACAAUCUUUAUCAAUACUCGUCUUUGUAGAUAAUUGCAUACGUUUUCAUUGUAAUAGGGAUGAUAGUGCUAUUAUUAGUAUUAUUAUAUUUUUUCUUCCAAUCCCUCAAAGCUUUAAAAAGAGCCAAGGAAUUAGCUGACCAGAUAAUUCCAACUUUUGAUGAAUUCAAGUACUACAAUCUAACUGAUUUAGCAUUUUGCAUAAAUUCAGUUUGUUUUUUGUUGUCCUACUUUAUUAUAAGUUAUUUCUUUUGGUAUAUAUUUGAUCAAAAUAACACAGCAACAGUCACAGAAGGUGCAACUAUGUUUGCUAUAAUGGUCAUUACACCUCUGUUGUUUGUGCUUAUUAAUAUAGCCCUUGGACAUCGAUCAUUAGAAUUAACAUAUGAAUUUGCUUAAGACAUAAAGGAAUUAUAAAAAUUAGAACAAUAAAAGAAUAGAAAGAGAAUUUAAAAACGAUUUUAUUAAAAUACAGCUGUUUGUUGUGGAAUUUUGGUACCAUUGUUUUUGUUCAUUCCAGUAUCUUUAUUAAUAUCAGAUGAGAGAGCAUCUAUAUUAUUUGAAGCAUUGUCAAUUGGUGUUCCAGUGUGUUUUCUGAUUUACAAAUUCCUUGUGACAAUUAAAAAUCAAUCAAUUUCAUUUGAGGAUUUCUUUUAACCUUUUGUCAGUUCAUUAUUGUGGUGUUGUGUUAUUUUCCCAUUUGGAGUGAUAGUGCCUACAAUGGCAGUGUUUUUUAAUAAUGCAGACUCGACAUUCUAAUACUUCGCAUAGGGAGCUGUUGGAUUAGGGUUAUUUGUAUGUAUGAUUGGAGUGACAGGGACAUCAUUGUUUUUGUCAUUGUUAUUGAAUAGAGAGGAAUUCGAAAGGAAGAAAAGGGAAAUUUUGAAAAAAGUAUUGGAGAUGCUAAAAGAGAACCAUGUACUUAGUGAUUUAAGUGUAGUUGGAAUUCUGUAUAUGAAAUAUUUAAAUAAGUUACAGAUCAUUUAUACAAAAUUAAAUGCUAUAAAGAAUAAGGGUUAAAAAAAGAAAUAGAAGUAGGAGGAUUUUAGAGAAUUGAAGUAGAUCUUGACAGAAAAUCUGAUAUAAGGAGAACCCAUAAAUGUAAUCAAAUAUGAUGGACCUGAGUUAGAGUAUGAUCACAAAUUGGUAAGUAAAAAUGUAUAUCAAGAAUAUCUUACUCUAUUGGAAUAGGAAUUGCUGGAUAAAUAGAAGAAUAUUGUUAAAGAAUAGGAAUUAACAGGUUGUAAAAAGUAUUUAAUGGACUGUUUGUGUUGUAGGUGUGGUCUAGAAGAAAUGAAUUAAUUAGAGAACCAAAAAAACGUUGAGAUUAUAAAACUUAGAGAUAUCUUAAACAUGGAUGAUGAUGCUGGAUAAAUAAUGAAUGAUUUGAUUCCUCAGUUCAGUUCUUUCUAUAGGAUUGCUGAUGAAGGUGAUACACUUUUAAGGAAGAUAGAGUGUCAACCUGAAGAUAAACAGAUCCUUUACAAAUAGAAGUACAAGCCAGUCUAAGAAAUAAAGAGUGAAAAAACUGAUAGUCUAAAUUAAAUUUAAAUUAAGAAAUUGAAUGAUAAAGCAUUAGGGAAUAUCAAAUCAUCGGACUAGUACUUUUCAUUAUAAUCAUCAGAUCAAAUGAUUGCAGAAUUCAUGCAUGAAGUAUUCAUGGAAUUUGCUAAUAAUGAAUAAGGUUUAGAACCCUCAAUUUGUUUUGCUGACUUACAGUAAUUCUGUAGAUUGACUGAAUUGCAUUUCGAUUUAAUUGAUUAUGAAAAAUAUGCCAAGACCAUCUGGAUCAAUUAGACCUAUAGUUUAAAUGAAGUAUAAUUUGCUGGGUUGAUCAAAGGAAUGAUAAAAGAUUAUGAUGGAGAUCAAUUUGACAAUCUGAAAUAGUUGGUGCUUGAUCACAUAUAUCCAUAACUCAUAACCUCGAUGAAAUCUUUAAUGAUAAAUUUCAAAUACUCAAAUAAGAAAGUAUUAUAAACUAAUAAACUCAGAAUUAACCCAUUCGAAAGAUAGAAUUUCAUCUCAAAUGUUGUCUAAGCAGAAUUCUCGAAAUUCGAUGCAAUCAAGAUUAAGUAAGCAUACCAAGAUGAAAUCAGUAAUUAAUCUAGGAUCUAUUAAAAUAAUACUGAAAGCAAAGUUGCAAAGCUAUCCAAAAAAUAAAAAGAACAGUAAUAUAAUUAAAACAAAUAUUAAAUUGAAUAAGACUAUGCAAUCAAAUUACCAUGCUAUAAGAGAUGUUGUUAUUCAUGCAGUGACUGGUUUAGAGUGAAUCUCAUUGAGAAAUACUUUCCUAAUUUAGCUGCUGCACAACCAAAACCAAAAGGAGACAAAACUGCUAUUCUUGAUCAAAAAAGAUAAAGAAUGCCUGAUUGGAAACUAGUUGCAAAAUUGACUAUUGAUACUUUAUUUGAAGCAACUGAAGAAUAUGAAAAUAACCUAGCUAAUUAAUAGUAGAAAUCAAUUGAAUUCAAACUUACCUCCAGUAAUAUACUUGCUUUGAUUUUUAAACUCUAUGAUAUGUAUAGUCUAGCAAGUGUAGCUUACAACCCUUAAGUAGGGUGGUUUGGGAGUACUUCCAUCUCUGGAUCAGAUACAAUCAGUGGAUCAGCAUUCUAUGACAGUUAUGACUUCUUUUUCUAUUUCUCCUUAGGAAUAGCCAUACUGUAUGGACUGUUAGGAUCCCUGAGUUUGAAUGCUGUGCAAAGGAAUACCUUUGGAUAAGAUGAAAAUGGUAAUUUGGCAAGAUUCCCUCAUAUUCAAUUCAUUCUCCCUAGAGUUAUCUCAAUUUUGAGUGGUUUCUUCAUGACUGUGAUGAGAACAUUCAUGGAUGCCUACAUUUGUGAUUAUGGUGAUUUGCCAUAUAAAUUCGCUAGAAACACAUCUAUUGAAUGUCUGUCAACCAACCAUUACAUCUAUAUGGGUUUUGGAUUGAUCGGAGUAGGAAUCUACUAUCCUCUAUCUACCUAUUUACAACCUACUUUUUAAUUCAGUGAUCACUCAUUAGAUUUGAAGUAUAAAUCCACCUACAUAAUAAUAUAUGUCUAAGCAAAACUAUUGAUUAUGGGUUUAAGUUCCUUUUUCAAUACUUUUGAUAGUUCAUUUGAAUAUUAGAUGCUAUUCUCAAUUGGAAUCUUAGUAAUUGUACUUGGCUUUCACUUCAAAAUGGAGCCUUGCUUUGUUAAAUGGUACAAUUUAAUAGAACAAAUGCUAAUCUUAAUUAUCAUCUUUAUUUAUACAGGCGCUGUGAUUAUAAUGAUGACUGGCAACAACAUUAUUGGUAUCAUAUUUACUGUUGUUGCCAUUCUAAUAGGUUUUCUCGCCAUUGCAUUCUAUAUCAAAAUAUCGGUCUAUCGUACUUUAAACACUUCUAGAGUCACACCACAAGAUAAUCUUUAAAUGAUUGAAACAAGACCAAUUCCAGAAGAAAGCAGACUCAAUAUAUAUGAUUUGAUUGCAGAAUCUUAAUUUGCUUAAUAAUCAUAAAAGAAAACCAAAAAAAAGAAAACUAAUUAAACUCCUGAUAAAGAACAAUACCCGAACUUUGAUAUGACAGCUGGAGGCAAUAAUUAGAGUAGUAAUUCAUAGGAGCUAAUCAAGAUCAAAGAAGAAAUUAAUAUGGAACCUAUUUCAGUUAAUAAAUCUAUUUUAUCAAAAUUAAGAUUAUGA